AUGAGAUUUCUUUUUUCGCGCGGCGUAGUAUCGAAUACUCGGAGACAGCACAGUGGAAACGGCUUGCGCCUUUCAACAACCUACAGUUUCUUUCUCAUAUACACCGCAGAGCGGACACCGGCUAAGAGUACCAAGAAAGAAAUCAUCGUGGUGCCCUCCCAUCUCAAAGAACAGCCCUUCGAAGAGAUUGGUUCGGCAAGUGAGACAGGAGUGGAUGUGAUCGACCUAGGCGCUCCACGGCGCGCGCGCCCCGUCCCCACCCGCCCGCGCACCGCCCCCGCCCGCCCGCGCCCACUUUACACGCCCAAUCCGCGCCUCUAUCCGGGCCCAGCCACUCAAUCGAAGCGGAAAGCGGACAGAGUGAGCUCGAACCGGGGUCGUAGACGGAAGCGCGUGUUCCGGCGGCCCGUCCCCAACUCGCGACUGUACCGGCCCGCGCCGCCGAGGCCCACCCCGCCGCCGCUGCGGCCGCGCGCCUCGUGGCCGCCGCCCGCCAGCUCGGCGCCGCACGCGCUAGACACGGCGUCGCGCGCCGCGCUGCGCCUGCUGAGCACGCGGCUCGCGUCGCCGCCGCGCACGCCCCCCGCGCACCCCGCGCCCCCCGCGGCGCUCGCGCCGCCCCCGCGCCGCCUGGUGGUGAAGUUGCCGCCGGCGCCGGCGCGCUACACGCCCGAGAGCGAGCACUUCCGCGCGCGCGACUCGGCCUCGCUGGAGCGCCUGGUGCGCGCCCGCGCUAUGGAUACCGCCACGAGACACUCCACCAGCCCGGAUUGCUCGGACGGCAACGAGCCUUCUUCGGCACCUUCAGAGUUUCUAGCUGAGUUUCUGUCGGCGAUAAUGAGGCGGCAGUACGCAGAGGCGCUGAAGUACUGCCGCCUGAUCCUGCAGUACGAGCCGCACAACGCCACGGCGCGCGGCUUCUACCCGCUUCUGCAGCACAAACUCAACAAUCACAAAAGCAAUAAAGAAGAAAGCAGUUCGAGCGAGGAAGCAAGCCCUCCACAUGAUCUCAAAAAUGUACGUUUAUGUCAAAUCUAAAAAAUAGGUAAAUGAAGAAAAA